UUCAUAUAGUGUGACGAGAAGGUUGUGAUCUCAUCGCCUGUAUGUCAAGUAUCGAAUCCUGGGCCGGAUACGCCGUACUUAGCCUACUGAUUUCGUCCAGAAAUGAACCUUUUCCAUGGAAAAGAAAUCGUGGACGCUCACAUACAUUUAUUGCCAUCAGAUAGGUAUCACUAUCCAUGGCCUCCUGCUGAGCUGACUGCCAUUUAUAGACCAUUCUAUUUGAGUGACCUUGAAGAUGCACUCAUUCCAUCUCCUGUGAGAAAAGUGGUCUUUGUCCAAGUCAACCAAACCUACGAAGAAACGGACUGGAUACUAGAAGUGGCCAAAGAAAGUUCAACAAUUGUUGGAAUUGUUGGUUGGGUUGACCUUACCGACCCAAAGGUUGAUGCUAUUCUAGACAAUUAUAUGAAGCAUCCAAAGUUCAGGGGGGUGAGGAACAUCUUAGAAGGAGAACCAGAUGAUUGGUUGGGCAGAGAAUCUGUUCAGAGAGGUUUAGGAUUUUUAGAGGAAAGGGGACUAACAUAUGAUUUACUUGUAAGGACAAGGCACUUGAAUUUGGCUAAUGAUGUGGUUCAAAAGUUUCCAAACCUGAAGUUUGUUGUUGACCACGCUGCAAAACCAGAAAUUAAAGAAGGCAAGAUAGAUGCCUGGAAAAAGGGAAUGCAAAUUUUGUCUCAAAAUCCGAACGUUUUUUGCAAAAUAUCGGGGCUAGUGACAGAAGCUUCUCAUGAAAAAUGGAAAAUUGAAGACUUAAUUCCUUACGCACAGCACGUGACUUCUGUAUUUGGAGCGAACCGAUGUAUGUUUGGCUCUGAUUGGCCAGUUUGCACGAUGGCGAGGGAUGCAUCUUAUCAUCAAACCUUUCAAGCCUACCUGCAGAGUAUUUCAAAUCUAACGGAAGAAGAGAAGCAGGCGAUUUUUUGUGACAACGUAGUGAAAUUUUAUGGAAUUAGAGCUAGUGGUUAUGGAAAAUGAGCAGAUUUACUAAUUUAAUUUUUGUACGUAACGUGCGACGAUAAUGUGGUCAUAUCAUCACAGCACCCCUGAUUAAGAGAUUUAAGCCAACAUUUACACCAAUCUGUAUAAUAUGAAUAUGGAAUCUAGAAUUAUAAGAAUUAUACUUAACGUGUUAUUUCUACAGUGUGCCUUCAAAACUGCUUGAUCAAAUGUAGAAAGCUGCUUACGAACUAUUACGAUCUGAGACGUCUAUUUAAAGCUAGAAUGCCAUCUUUGAUAGUUACCAAAGAGAAAUCAACUCCAUGUGGAUUGUAGUUUCAGAACAACGGAGAUUUCCAAUUAGAUUCAUAUGGUGAAGUCAUUAUUCUUCCUAACUCGCCUUUAUCUUUCAGUCUUUUUUAAUCAUAAAAUUCACUUUUAGCGAUAGUUAGAAAGAAUACGUGAAAUACUUUAGAGAAAGGAUCAGCUUUAAUUAAGAUCAGCAUUUCUGUUACAUUUUCUUUGUUUCUCCACUUUAUUUUUUUGUUUACAUGUAUAGGUUAGAAGACAUUUGUAUGAUGAAAGGUGUUUUGCUGACAGAACACGAUUUUUCUGAACCAAAACUUUCAGUAGACAGGUUGAGAAAGAAAGAAGACGCUUUCCGCAUGACCUAGUGGCUUGUCAGAUUUUAACGAAAUGAAAUUUUUUCACAUCCACUCUUAUUGCAUUUUCUCAAAGCAAAUGUUAAGUAGAUUUCUAGUUGUGUAACUUUUUUGAGGAUGACUUAUUUUUUACUACUUAUUGUAUUUAGGAAUUAAAGAAUUAGGGGUUUUAUAUGCGCACGGUCUUUCGUCUUUUUACGUGACCCACCGUGGAUAAACUUUAAAUUAAUGAUAAAUGAACAGAUAGAUGAAUGAAUUAAAAAACAGAUAAGUACCGAA